AUGACAUCGAUCGACCAGAAUGGAUUUGAUAUCGUCUGCCACGACCAAGGAGAAGAGCACGAAGUCAGAGUCACCUUUGGUCAUCCACUCCACGCCGCCAGCCAGGCCAAACACGAGCUCGAUACCCUUGCAAAGGAAGCCGAAACCGCCCUUCGAGGCAACGACCCCCAAUCUCAGAAUCUCAUGCCAGAUAGCCCUUCAGCGAUGUUGCCGGAUCUGGAUACUUUGGCAGCUGUGCUACUGUGCAUGGGAUCAGUGGUGAUUUACCUCAAUUUCUUCCCCAACACAACUAACCCGACAUUGCAGUGGGUGCUGAAGACGGUGGGACCAUGGAGGAUAAAACUGAUUGUUCAGGGCCUUGCGAUUGCGCAUAUUAUCGAGUCAUUGGUGUCGGUGUAUUUCACGGUGGUGGUUGGUCAGGGGUUCUUUCAGACCGCCGAUGUGGUUCAGUGGGCGCUGGUAGUUGUUGUGUUUGGAUACCCUUCUCUCUUCCACUUGAUCCGCCUGGCCAGUCGCCAACAGCAACAGCGAGUUGCACAAGCGUCAGCUCAAGGGCAGGCACAAGGGCAAGCCAGUGAAUAA